UGACUGAAUGCUUAGUCUAUUUACAAAUUUCAAUUAGUUUUUUUUGGAAAUACCAAUUUAUUAUGUUCAAAAAAUGUGACAGCUGAAAAAUUCUUUUACAAUAAUUGCACUUGAUUAAUUAAUUAAACCUAAUGACCUAAUGACAAUUGUUUAUUAUUCAAUUGUGUAACAAUUCUUGGACGCAUUUAUACUGUGAAGUAUAUCAAAGUGCACAUUUGCGCGAAUUGAAGAAUAUGACCACUGCUGCAACUACCUCUAAAUGUUAUCAUUGGAAACAAUUAAAGUUUAACUUAGGAUGACGUUAGAAUUAUAAAUAUAAAUCUUUAGGUUAUGAAGUUUUGGCGUGUCGGAUAUCAAAACUAAAUGUAAAUUACCAAAUAUUGUGAUAAAAUUUAAUAUUUUAUACUUAAAGAUGCAUAGGAAUGCACUCUUUCUGGAUCAAUUGGCAUUGCUAUGGAAAUGUGGCUCUUUCAAGCAGAGCUUGUGGCGUACAUAUGGAACAGGAGCAGGUUAUAAAACAAAAGAAUAUGAAGGUCGCAAAUUAGUAGGAUUUUCAAUGGAGAAAAUGUAUUACGUGGUUGCUGAUGUAGGAAAUUACAAGAAGUUUUUACCUUUUUGCAAAAAAUCUGACAUUACUUUGAAAAGCAAAGACUUUCUGAAUGCUAGUUUAGUAAUAGGAUUCCCACCUAUAAGUGAAAGUUACACUUCAAAAGUGACCAUGGUAUAUCCAAGAAUAGUUAAAGCGGAGUGUAGAGAUGGCAGAUUGUUUGAUCAUUUGGAUACUUUAUGGCUUUUUAAUCCUGGAUUGAAAAAUAAUCCUGAGACAUGUGUGAUUGAUUUCUCUCUGUCCUUUGAAUUCAAGUCUGCUAUUUAUUCUCAUUUGUCAAAUUUGUUUUUCAAUGAGAUUGUAAGACAAAUGGAAAAUGCCUUUCUUGAAGAGGCUAGAAGAAGAUAUGGCAGACCAUGUUUAAGGACAGUGCAACUUCAAAGAUGAUUAUUUGAAAAGGUAUUUAAAGAGAUCGUGAAAUACAUGUACAGAUAUUUUUUUAUGAAUUAAUAAAUUUAUUUAUUGCUGUUAAGCUGUCUUUACAA